AUGGAGGAGUUUCCCUCGUCAAGCGGCAGCGAGGAGGGGUUCGUCCCCGACUACGACUUCGAGUCCAGCUUCGAACGGCUCAAGGACUCGGCCUGCUUCCCCGCUCGGCUGACCAUCCUGGGCCUCAAGCGCACCAACAAGCACCUGGUGAUGCGUGAGCUGCUGCGCGUGAAGAACGCCCAGACCCUGGACGAGAUCAAGGACGCGGUGGUGGCUGCUUACCAAGACCUCAUGGCGCUGGAGAUCUUUGAUGCCGUGGACAUCGUGAUCGAUGGGCUGGAUGGCAAGCACCCGGAGGCAUGUAGCAUCACAGCGAGGUUUUCCGAAAAGUCCCCGAUCCAAGUACACACAGGCACAUACGUGCAAGGCCAAGAAGGCUCAGUGGAGGCGUCCGCGACGCUGACCAAUCCUCUGGGCCAUGCGGAGCGCCUGAACCUGAGCGGGGAGUGGGGCUCCAGGAGCACCACCACCUACAGCCUGGCGCUGACUCGCGCACGGCCGCGGGGCCUGCCGUACCUCGCCACCGCCCGACUGUACCAGCAGUUCUCCUCCUUUGAGCGCUGGUCCUCCUUCACGGAAUUGCUGAGGGGUGCCGAGACCUCCCUGUCAACGGAGGACGGGCGCCACCUGGUGGGGGCCGGCAUCGGCUGGUACCGGCUGGCCGACCCGGCCCGCCGCGCCUCCCGCUCCGUGCAGCAGCAGUUUGGUGAAGGGGUCCGGUCUGCAAUCAAGUACACGUUCCGCCACACCACGUUUUCUGGGGAGGCCUCCUUUCCCCUGGAAGGCUACGGUGUGUCGGCCACCAGCGAGGUCGGAACGCACAGCGGUGGCCCGGCGCGCGGACCGUUCUUCAAGCAGCGCUGCGCCGCCCAGGUCGCUCUGCCCCUGGGGCCCGCCGCUUCCCUGACCCUGGCGGGGGAGGCCGGCCUGCUCCUGCCCCUGCGCCCGGCGCCGGCGGCCACCCCCUCCCCCAUCACCGACCGCUUCUUCCUUGGCGGCCUGAGCGGCGCCUCGCUCCGCGGCUUCUCGCAACGCGGCCUGCCCUUCGAGGCGACACGAGCGGCGGGGCUGUACGCCCACCUCUUUGUCAACGGCGGCAACGUGGUGGGACUGGGCCCGGCCUGCAGGGAGGAUGCCGCCGCCUUUGCGUCGGGUUUCCGGUGGUCCAUGGGCGCGGGCAUCGUAUGGCCGACCCGGGUGGGCAAGCUGGAGCUGAACCUGACGCGGGUGGUCAGGGCCCGGGAGCACGACCGCGUGAAAGCAGGCGUCCAGUUUGGCUUCUCUCCCCCCACCUUCUGA